GCGCCAGGCGGCCGGAGGUGCUUGUUCACAGCCAACGAAAAGCCAUGGCACAGCAGCGCUGACCUGAAGUGCAGUUUUGGUGCCACCCAGCGAUGGGUUGUGUGCAAUGCAAAAAGAAGGGGGUAAGCAAGAAUCAGAGCAAUGGCAGCGACGGGGCAGCCAACCAGCCCCCCAACUCCUGCUACGACCCCAAUUCCACCCAGCAGAACCCCUCCAACAACUUCCCACGCAUCCCCGAUUUCAACAACUUCCCAGGGACACCGGGGCCCUCCACACCAGCCUUCCUUCCAGGCUCUGGCUUCUACCCCACCCCUUCCCUGCAUACGCAUGGAGUCGGGGUUGCAGGUGGGGGAGUGACCCUUUUUGUCGCCUUGUACGACUACGAAGCCAGGACGGAGGACGAUCUCACAUUUAUGAAAGGAGAGAAGUUCCACAUCAUCAACAACACAGAGGGAGACUGGUGGGAGGCCCGGUCUCUGAGCACGGGAGCAACGGGCUACAUUCCUAGCAAUUACGUGGCACCUGUGGACUCCAUCCAAGCAGAAGAGUGGUACUUCGGGAAAAUCGGCCGUAAGGAUGCAGAGAGGCAGCUCUUGUGCCAUGGCAGCCCCCGGGGGACCUUCCUCAUCCGCGAGAGCGAGACCACCAAAGGUGCCUACUCUCUGUCUAUCCGCGACUGGGACGAGAUGAAAGGUGACCACGUCAAGCACUAUAAGAUCCGGAAGCUGGACAACGGAGGCUAUUACAUCACCACGCGGGCUCAGUUUGAGACUGUGCAGCAGCUGGUCCAGCAUUACAUAGAGAGAGCUGCGGGGCUCUGCUGCCGCCUGGCCGUGCCCUGCCACAAGGGGAUGCCCAAGCUGGCAGACCUUUCCGUCAAAACCAAAGAUGUUUGGGAGAUCCCGCGCGAAUCGCUGCAGCUCAUCAAGAAACUGGGCAACGGGCAAUUCGGGGAAGUGUGGAUGGGCACGUGGAACGGAACCACCAAAGUGGCGGUGAAGACCCUGAAACCAGGGACCAUGUCUCCAGAAGCCUUCCUGGAAGAGGCCCAGAUCAUGAAGCGCUUGCGGCAUGACAAGCUGGUGCAGCUCUACGCUGUGGUGUCCGAGGAGCCCAUCUACAUCGUCACCGAGUUCAUGAGCCAAGGGAGCUUGCUGGAUUUUUUAAAAGAUGGAGACGGGCGAUUCCUGAAGCUACCGCAGCUGGUGGAUAUGGCGGCCCAGAUUGCAGCUGGAAUGGCCUACAUCGAACGGAUGAACUACAUUCAUCGAGACCUGCGGGCAGCCAACAUCCUGGUGGGAGACAAUUUGGUGUGUAAGAUCGCCGACUUUGGCCUGGCCCGCCUCAUUGAGGACAACGAAUACACAGCACGCCAAGGUGCCAAAUUCCCCAUCAAGUGGACAGCCCCUGAAGCGGCUCUUUACGGCAAGUUCACCAUCAAGUCAGAUGUGUGGUCCUUCGGCAUCCUCCUGACUGAGCUCGUGACCAAGGGCCGAGUACCAUACCCAGGCAUGAAUAACCGGGAGGUGCUGGAGCAGGUGGAGCGAGGGUACCGCAUGCAGUGCCCAGGUAACUGCCCGCUCUCGUUGCACGAGCUGAUGGUGCAGUGCUGGAAGAAGGAGCCCGAGGAGCGGCCCACCUUUGAAUACCUCCAGUCCUUUCUCGAAGACUAUUUUACUGCCACAGAGCCUCAGUAUCAGCCGGGUGACAACCAAUAAUAGUUGCCAAGGGUGUCAGCUGGGACUCUCGACCACAGACAGCCCACCGUGGCCCCUGGCGGGGCU